AUGAACGAACUGUUGCAGGAUCAAGAGAUCAUCAAAAAGUUUAGCAAAGUUGGAAAGAGAACAGGAGAACAAAUCAAGAAGGCUUUAGGCAAGUUUGAGGAUGGAAAAUGGGUCGCCAAAGUUGAAUCAGGAAGUCCCCCUACAAAGAAGAGAAGAAAUUCCAAGAUGAUGGCCACCAAACAACGUACCAACACAUCCGAUGAAAUCGUUAUCGACAGUGCCGGAUCGUCGGAUGCUUAUUCCGUUCCCGAUGAAGAUAUUCCAGAAUUGACAGAAGAUUAUCUUCGUAUCCGAGUGCAAAGAUUUGGCUACCAAGGAGAUGUUGAUGCCUUUGUGAAGGAACUCCUCAUGCAAGCCGAAAAUGACGAUACCUUUCAAGAUUUGCCCGAGGAGGAUUUGUUGGAGAAAAUGGAUAAUCUCAUACGUGAGACCCAUGAAAUAAAUGAAAAUUUGAAGGAACAUUCCGAAGAACCUCUCCAACUCCAACCUCGCAAGCCUAAGGCAGAUGUCACAAAGUGGUCGCUUGCUAUUCCGGACACAAAAGAAGAGAUUAUCAAGGAAAUCUCAUCUUUCAGAUUAAAUCAAUAUGACUACGAAGACACGGUAGUUGCAAGAUUGCUUAUUCUUCUAUCAUGGUCUGGAAGUGCAAUUACGGAAUCUGCUACAAAGGCUGGAACUGCGUACUUGACCAACAAGAUGAAAUCUUUUCGAAUUUCCGCACUUGUGCCAAUCAUAGUUCGAAAAAUUCAAGCUCAUCGUCCAUUAACGAUUAAGCCAAAUGGAUCAAAGCUUCCUGUAAUCCUUGGUCUUUUGGCCAAAGGAGAGGCCGAGAUGACUCUAACAAGGCAACUCUUAGCAUACUAUUUCAUUCAUCUUGGAGCAGAGAAAUAUUUCCAAAACGAAGAUCAUCCAGUAGCCAGUCGCAAAGGAAAGGAUGCUGGUGAAGAUACAUGGAAGAUUUUACCUGAUGCUAAAAAAGAUCAAUUGGUGAAGAAAUUCCAAUUAUUCAAAGCGCACGGAAAGAAAUUAUCAAUUUUGGUUGACGCUUUCGGUGUUGGUAUAUUAUUAUCUCUCAACGCACAGGACGCUGUCGAAGUUGGUAACUUGGCCGUCUCCAAAUGGUCUAGUGCGAUACCAAAAGCACUCGUAGAGAUGGCUCGUCGCUUUCCUGACGCUGAAGAGUUUAAGAAGAUUAAUGGAAUCGUGUCGAGCAUAUUAACCCAACUGGUUACCGACGAGAUUGAUUCAAAGGAAGCGUUUGAGCCAAUUUUGAGCUACAUUCUGGAGAACCAGCACAAUCCAGUCCACAAGUCACUCAUGGGCAGUUUGAACCCAAUCUAA